AUGGGUCAUUCUUUCCUCCUACAAUUUUUUCUCAUAGUUUUACUGAUACUUGCGUACGUCCAUAGUCGAGAAUCAUCUUAUGAUGGCUUUGAUUCAAAUGACUAUGAAGAACAACAAAAUUCACUAGCGCAGAUGUCUGAUACAGACGACCCUAAUGAUGAAGAAUCCGAUGAAAGAAACGUAAGCCAACAACGAUCAAUAAUUAGUCAUGGAUCACAAAAUCGACAUCAAUUGAUUGCUCUACUUCGAAAAGCUUACAGUCAAGGUUGGAAGCCUAAUUUAAUUCAUUAUGUUCCCGCAACAAGAUUCGGUCGACACCUUUAA